CGGCCGCGGGAUGGCAGGCUCGUCGGUGCAUCGGCACGGCCGGCUGCUGUGUCGCGGCGCGCCGCUGUCGUUUCUCGAUGGCGAGUGGGUGCGCCAGGACUCCGACGUCAAGUCGUCCCCUCGCUUCGCGCACAGCGACGACCCCAAGCUCCACCUCACCUCCGACGGCGCCGCCUGGCGGGUCACGCGCGGGGCGGGGUCGGGUGAGGUGAUCGCCGAGGCGGCCUCGACCGCGCUCCACCCAGGGACGGUGGAGGUCGGGUCGUGGAAGGUCUUCGACCGCGGCAAGGAGCUGCCAAAGUCCGCCGAGCUCGAGAUGCUCUGCGACGGCCCAAACACCGAGGAGCAGCCCUUCCUGAUGGAGGAGCUCGGCCGCGACUUCUUCCUGCGGGUGCACCUCACGCGCAAGGUGGUCUGGUUCGUCUGCCCCGCCACGGGCGACAUCUACCACUCGGCCGCCAAGCCCGGCGGCGAGGGCGGCCGCUCCAAGCCCGGCAAGCGCUACUGCCACCUCUGCAACAAGGCAUCGCAGCACCUCGUCAACCUCCACCCCGAGCUGGUCGCCAAGAAGCCGCCAAAGGAGAAGAAGGAGAAGAAGCUCGCCGGGCUCGAGAAGAACAUGCCCUCGCCCGCCGACCCAGAGAGGGUCAAGACGCUGAUCCACGCGCUGCUCUGCCCGUCCGACGGCCCGUCCGAUAGGCCCGACUACACCGCCGAGGCGGUCGGCGUCGCGGUGGACGCGCUGCUCGAGCGGGCGCCGAACCCGCGCCGCUGCGAGAGAGGCGAGGUCUUCAAGGGCCCGGUGACCGUGCUCGUAGAUGUGAAGGACGAGAGCGGCGCAGUGAUCGGUCAAGUCGAGCGACCCAUGACGCUGUCGGACGCGAAGAAGGCGAAGGGCGGCUUCCACGCCAGGGUCCAAGCCAUCAACGCGUGGCUCGCCGCGGCGCAGCCCGAUGUACCGCUCAUCCCCGAGUACUGCGCCUGCUGGGCCGCGCCCGACGCCUACCUGCGGACCGACAAGGACGGCAAGCGGAAAGACGAGUGCAUGGCGGACUUCCCCUCGGAGAAGCGGUGGAGCGGCGAGUGGUGGCGCUUCUGGCGGGAGCACAUCGAGCCGGCGAUCGCCGGCAAGGUUCCGGGACCCCCGCGCAAGUCGGUGUACCAGAAACUGUCCGAUCUGCGGGAGGGUCCGGCGAGCGGCCACAGGGCCAAGCGGCAGAAGCUGGGCCCGGCCGCGUCGGCAGGCGCGGCCGGCAGCCAUUCGGCAAGCGCGGCCGAGCUCGUGGGCGCCGUGGUCCCGGUGCACGGGCCCGGUGAGGCGGAGGGUUUGCGCUUGAACCCGCCGGCGCCGGCGCAAGCGGCGGGCGUGUUCAAAAGUGGCUCGCGCUUCCAGGCGCAGCACAGGGUGGACGGAAGGCAGGUCGACCUCGGCACCUUCGGCACGGCGGUGGAGGCGGCGGUGGCGUAUGCGCGGGCGGUCGGGGAAUACCAGCCUCCGGCUCCUCCUCCGAUUGUGGCUGCAGAAGGGGAGGUGGUUGCAGAGGCGGAGGGCUUGAGAUUGCACCUCUCCAGCAACAGUGCCACCGGGUACAAGGGCGUGCAGCAGCGCCCCUCCGGCCGCUUCCGGGCGCAGCACACGGUGGGAAGGGAGACUGUCUGCUACGGCUUCUUCGGCACGGCGGUGGAGGCGGCGGUGGCGUAUGCGCGGGCGGUCGGGGAAUACCAGCCUCCUCCGGCGGUGGCUGCAGAAGCGGAGGGCCUGAGAUUGCACCUCUCCAGCAGCAGUGCCACCGGGUACAAGGCCGUAUCCAUUUGGCGCGGGUCGAGCGGCGGCAUCGUCGACGUCGAUUGCGCGGUGGACGCUCUCGUGGCGGCGGUGCUCGCUGGAGCCCCCCGCGCUGUGCAGGACCCCUGGGGCUGCCUUGGGCUGCAGCGGUUGACGGGCCGCGAGGCGAGCCGGAAGCGGUACUUGCAGCUGGUGCGGCGGCUCCACCCAGAUCGGUGCGGCCACCCGCGCGCCGGAGAGUGCUUCGCGCUCGUCGAGGAGGCGUGGCGAGCCAUCGAGGCGCGGGGGGAGGGCGGAAGGAGCGCCGGAUAG